GUGCAACGUUUAAUAAAAUUUGUGUACGGCAACAUUUUUCAACACUACAAAGAGACAGCUGCCAAAUAUAAAUGUUUCUGAUAUUUCAAAACAAAAGUCGUGCGUAACAUUUGCAAAGAUUAUUUCACAUUAAAAAGGCCAUGGAUAAAAAGGAUAUUACAAAGAUGUUAAAAAAAAAGCUCAUCACUGAAAUUAAUAGGGAGAGGAAGCAGAACAAGCUAAAGGAUGAAGUCAUCCAGGAUAAACUCGAGUUUAAAAAGCAUGUGCCUGAUCUGCGUCGGCAACUGGACAUGGAGAAGGCAAAAACGAAGGAGUUGCGAAUGAAGCUAUCGGCGCUGGAGAAGUUCAAGCUGUCUUUGAAACUAAAGAGGAUCGCCAAAGAGAACAAGUGCUACAUCUGCCACUUGAAGUAUGAGGUUACCGGAGGACAUCGCCCAGUUUCCAUCAAGUGCGGUCACCUUUUCGGUGAGAACUGCAUCCUUGCUCACUUGGAUUGUAACAAUCAAUGUCCCAUCUGUAAAUCAGUGACUUGCACUAUGGACAUUCGCUUCAUUAUAGCAGGCCAACAUUUGUGCACGGCUGAGUUAAUGGAAUGAACAUAUUUACUGAGCUGUUUUAAGUUUUAAGUUGGAUAAAAAAAUGCAAGCAAAAGAGAAAAUAGCAAUUUAAGUAAUUUGCAGGCACUAAUGAAUAUGUUCAUAUAUAAGUUUUAUAGGAUGCUUAUGGAAUAAACAAACGCAACGCGUUAUAUGGUUAAAUCCUCAUAA